UAUUUAGAUAUUUCGACAUAUUACAGUCGAGCUUAUAGGAUAAAUUACCUUGCAUUAUAUUUCGUUUCUAAUCGACGAGUGGCAUUAUAAAUCUUGAUUUUGUGAAUCAUCGGUAUUUCAGUUGAUGUAGCAUAAAAUCUUAUGAAGUGAUAAAUCUAUCUUGUAGCUUAUCUGUGUUUGAAUUCUCGUUAUACUGAUCGAUCGUAGAAAAAAUGGCGCCUUCUCUAGAGGGUCUAAUUGCUGUACAAAAGCAAAUUUUUACAAGAAUUAGCAACAAUGAAGUAUCUGAGCUCAAGACAUUGUUGGCGGCAAAUAAAAUCAAAAUGGAUUUUGUGGAUGAAAAUGGUAUGAGUCCACUUCAACAUGCCUGUUACAAAGGAAACAAGGAAAUAGUACAGAUGCUUUUAGAUCAGGGAGCAGAUGUGAAUGCAUGUCAACAUGAGCAUGCAUAUACAGCAUUACAUUUUGCUGCUCUUAGUGGAAAUGCAGAGCUAUGUCAUCUCUUAAUGUCUUAUGGAGCACGUUUGACAGCAACAAACAGCGUGGGACGAACUCCGGCACAGAUGGCAGCAUUUGUUGGAAAUCAUAAUUGUGUAGCAACUAUCAAUAAUUUUAUUCCAAAAGCUGAUAUAGAUUAUUAUGUCAAACCACAAGGUUUACAAACGGAAUCGAUGCUUCCUCCACAUCUAGCAGACUCUUUCCAUAAAUUUAUAAUGCAAAUCAAUGUGCAUCCUGUACGUGUAGCUAUGAAUUUACAGAGAUACCCUGGUCUUUUAGAAAAUGCUGCUAAGGUACAAAAGGUUUUGGAAUCUAUGCACCAUAAAGAAAUGACAAAAGGUGCAGAAACAAACGAAGUGAUGGCAUUUAAAUAUCAUUAUCUAAGUUGCAUUGUAGCUGAAGUAAUCAAGUUUCAGAAGAGACAAGAAGCAAUGAAGGCGGAGAAGACUGACAAAACAAACGAAGAAGGAGAAGAGAAAAAAUCAGAUACUAUCGAGGGUCUAAUAAGAAAGUUUCUAAAGUGUAGUAAAAGCGAUGGUAUACCAGAAUAUCAGGAAGCUUUUCUAAGAGAAAGUGUAAGAGAAUUUCCAUAUAGAGAAAGUACCAUUUUUCGCCAAAUGGUCGCAACUCUUGCAGCUAGCGAUCCACCUUCUGCCGCGUCAGUAGUAUCAGCUGCGAUUGAUGGUCAGAGAGCUUUCUUAGACAAUGCUCAAGUCUGCAUUACUUGUGGAGAAGAUAAAGCUAACAAAAAAUGUAGCAAAUGUAAAGCAGUGCAAUAUUGUGACAGAGAAUGCCAAAGACUCCAUUGGUUUAUGCAUAAAAAAGCAUGUACCAGAUUAGGUCAAAAUAUAACGCCAAGCGCAAAGAUAAGCGAUGCAGAUAAAGAACAAAUAAGCAACGCUGUAAGCUCUAGACUACAAAAUCUAAGUGUUAACUAAACACAAUAAAAAGUAAAAAAAAUUCUAAGCAAUUAACUUCAAUGUGCUGUACGUAUCUGUUUAAUUUUAUAUUACAUUAAUUCAGAUGAAAAACUGAGAAGAUAUUCUUGUUCAUACAUUUGACAAAUAGUUCUGAAUUUUUUAAUUUACAGAAUUUAAAGAACUUUUUAUGUAUCAUGACACAUUUUUAUCUUUUUUGUCCAGAAUAAUUCAUUAUAUAUUAUAAAUAAUUAUCGUUAUCAUGUAUUAUAAACGGUUUCGUAUGCAAAUAUUCAGUUAAACUAUUAUUUCCUCAGGAUUGUAUUCUUGUGGGUUGUCGUCACCAUAAAAAUAAAAUAUACUUAUAAACACAUUUGUAUUAUUUCGAAAUUUUAUUGUUCUUAAAAUUUUAUAAAAUUUAUUUAAGAAGCUACCAUGGAUGUAUAAAAAAUUUGUAUAGCAGCAAAUUUCGACAAGAACCUUGUAGAACUAUCUAAAACAUCUCAAUGAAUAAAAGAUAUAUACAUAUCCUAAAA